GUCAGAUUUAUAACAUUUUGAGGUUAUGUUUGGUUUCACUGUUUUGAAUGCGAAUUUACUACGAAUAAGUUAUUACAUACACAAUAUAAACUAAACGUUUAAAUAGGAGUUUUCCUUACUUUUAAAUAUUAAUAAAUACUUUAUUGAAAAAUAUGUCGACUGAUAAUCCCCCUGUUAAGAGGUACAGACGUGAAGAACACAAUAGCAAUUCCGAAUCGGAGGAGGAAUAUGUUCCCUAUGUUCCAGUUAAAGAGAGGAAAAAACAUCAAUUAUUGAAGCUAGGUCGUCUAGGACAGCUCAAAGAGUCUGAAGAAUCCAAGCCCAAAUCGUCGAGUGAAAACGAUGAAAAUGAUGAGGACGAAGAAGAUGAAAUUUGGGGGAGGAAAAAUAACAUUCCGUUACUCGAUCAGCACACAGAACUUAGAAAACUGGCAGAAGCAAAAAAGGUGAGCGCUGUAGAGAAGCAACUGAAAAAAGAGGAAGAAAUUUUGGAGAUCGUAGCCGAGAAAAAAGCUCUGAUGGGUGUUUCUGAAUUAGCUAAGGGUAUCCAAUACAGCGAACCGAUAAAAACAAGUUGGAGACCACCAAGUUACGUUCUACAAAUGCCCCCGAGUCGACAUGAAAAUUUACGAAACACCCUCAGGAUAUUAGUCGAAGGAGAAGAGAUUCCUCCCCCUUUGAAAUCAUUUAGGGAAAUGAAAUUGCACAAAGGCAUACUAGCAGGUUUGAAAGAGAAAAACAUUAAGAAUCCUACUCCUAUUCAAAUCCAAGGAAUUCCUACAGUUUUAUCUGGAAGAGACAUGAUCGGUAUAGCUUUCACUGGUUCGGGAAAAACACUAGUUUUCGUGCUACCUCUCAUCAUGUUUUGCCUGGAACAAGAAGUAAAACUGCCUUUCAUUAAAAACGAAGGACCUUACGGUCUUAUUAUCUGUCCCUCCAGAGAAUUAGCUAAGCAAACUUUCGACAUCAUCCAGCACUACUCCAAUUGCCUUAGCAAGCACGGAAUGCCUUUAAUUAGGAGCUGCUUAGCCAUCGGAGGUGUCCCAAUAACGGAAGCCAUAGAAGUAAUACAAAGAGGAAUUCACAUAAUGGUUGCGACGCCCGGAAGACUAAUGGAUAUGUUGGAAAAGAAAAUCGUGAAAUUAACCGUCUGUAGAUACCUAUGUAUGGAUGAAGCUGACAGGAUGAUUGACUUGGGUUUCGAAGAAGACGUACGAACGAUAUUCUCGUAUUUUAAUGGUCAAAGACAGACGCUACUGUUUUCGGCUACUAUGCCAAAGAAAAUACAGAAUUUCGCGAGAUCUGCGCUAGUGAAACCUAUCACAAUUAACGUGGGCAGAGCGGGAGCAGCUUCAAUGAACGUAAUACAAGAAGUAGAGUACGUUAAACAAGAAGCCAAAAUAGUAUAUUUAUUAGAAUGCUUGCAAAAGACCCCGCCGCCCGUGCUAAUUUUUGCCGAAAAGAAACAAGAUGUCGAUGCCAUACACGAAUAUUUACUCCUGAAAGGCGUCGAAGCCGUUGCUAUACAUGGUGGCAAAGACCAAGAAGAACGAUCCAGAUCAGUAGAAGCUUUUCGAAAACAAGAAAAAGACGUGCUAGUAGCCACCGAUGUGGCAUCAAAAGGACUGGAUUUUCAGGAUAUUCAGCACGUUAUAAAUUACGAUAUGCCGGAUGAUGUUGAAAAUUACGUUCACAGGAUCGGUCGUACCGGUAGAUCGGAGAACAAAGGAUUGGCAACGACUUUCAUAAAUAAAUCCAACGACGAGUCCGUCUUGCUCGAUCUGAAACAUUUGCUGAUGGAAGCUAAACAGAAGGUGCCUACGUUUUUGGCCGAAUUGUGUUCAGAAAACGAGAAAUACCUUGCUCUUGGUGGCGAGCAUGGUUGCAGUUAUUGUGGUGGAUUGGGACACAGAAUUACAGAUUGUCCAAAACUAGAAGCGCUUCAGAACAAACAAGCUUCCAAUAUAGGAAGAAGAGAUUACUUAGCAAAUACAGCUGCAGAUUAUUAAUUAUGUACAUACAGGAUUAUAUUGCAAGGUUUUCAUACGAUUUUACAGAUAAACAGUCGUCGUAAAUAAUUUAAUAUUUAUUAUUAUCGGAGUCUAGUAUUUUUAAACAACAAAAUUUGUUUAUACAUAAAGAAUUUCAUUUACAAAGAACAUUCAUUUUACGUGUUACUAAUAUUACUUUGGUAAAUUGAAAAAAAUCACAAUACGUCUUGAAAAUACCAAAUAAAUCUCACUGGGUCACCUCACGACACUCAAUUUAAAGAAUAUUAAACACCCAAAAAAACCUCACAAUUAAUAGGCCUAUACUGUUAAAUACUUUCCGUUUUUACUUACAUGCUCAAAACGUCAAGUACAUAUUGCACAUUUGAGGAAAAAAAACAUUAAUAAAAUCGAACUGACGAUGAUAAGAGUACGGUUUAAGUACAAACAAAAACAUAAAGAUUACAGACAUACUAAUUCUGUUAAUUUCAAAUUUGAACCACAUACAAUAGAAAUAAUUAUUGCAUAAUAUAGUACAUAUUAAAAUGUCAAUUACAGACAUUCAUUUCACAGGUCCAAUAAACAAGCACAAUAACGACACUAUUCAGUACAUUUCCUUAAAAAAACUGAGAUCAUUUUUAUGGCACACAAAAUCUGUGUUACAUUUAAACUCAAUAAUUAAAUGAACAACAAAAUCAAAAAGAGUACGGCUUCGAAUUUCAAAAUACUGAUUAUUGUCAGAUUUUGAAUUUUCUUGUAAACUUCGCCUUAGAAAAAACGCAUCACAUGCACAUAAUUACCUGAAAUAAAAUUACAUAGAUAGAAAAUUUUAAACCAAAUUAAACGUCCUCAUUCCUUAACGAAUAUUUCGGGGGAGCUUCCUUGUUGCUUAAAUUAGGAAAUACGAAAUCACCAUCAUCAUUCGAGUCUUUAACCGUAGAUAAUUCAUCAUUAGCUAUAAUCAAUUUUUCAUCGGGAAUUUCGAUCUCGU